CAAAAAUACAGAGAAAGCGAGCAAAAAUCGCGAUCGGCUUCUCCAGCCACCCCACGACCACAGUGUGUCCACUCAAUCGCUGUCGCGUUUUCUGUCCGAUUCCCGGGUUUCGUGCUCAUCUCCAUCCAUCUUCGCAUUUGAGAAUUAGGGGGAAUCUAGGGUAACAGAAUCACAUUGUCCCUUCAAAAAACGCGUUUUCAUGAGUUUUUGAGAUAAAGAUGAGACCAAAGGCUGUGUGGGAGCCUGAGUACCACAGAGUGUUCCUCGAUCUAUGCGUGGAGCAGACUAUGUUAGGGAACAAACCAGGGACGCAUUUUUCGAAAGAAGGCUGGAGGAAUAUACUGAGUUCGUUUCAGGAGCAGACGGGCGCUAUGUACGAUAGGAUGCAGCUUAAGAACCAUUGGGAUACAAUGAGCAGGCAGUGGAAGAUUUGGUGUAGGCUUGUUCAAACUGGUUACAUGAGUUGGGAUCCUGAGACUAAUACGUUUGGUGCCAGUGAUGAAGAAUGGGCUUACUAUUUACAGGAGAAUCCUGAUGCAGGGCAUUAUAGGUUGAGUGUUCCACAAGAUCUCGAGAAGCUAGAGAUUAUCUUUGCCGGUAGUAAUAAUGUAGAAGUCAGAGAUGAUGAUGAUGAUGAAGUCUCGGGAGCAAGGAAGAGGCGGAGAAGUGGUCUUCAAGAAGCUGAAGAAGAAGAAGAUAGCAGAAGCAUGUGCAGCUCUUCUAACCCUCAAACAAAAGGGUACUGGUCUCCGUCCACACACGAGCUGUUUCUUGAUCUGCUUGUGCAAGAGACUCUGAAAGGAAACAGACCAGACACACAUUUCAACAAGGAAGGGUGGAAAACCAUUUUCGAGACGAUUAACGAGAGAACAGGACUUGGUUACACAAGAGGACAGCUGAAGAACCACUGGGACUGCACCAGGAAAGCUUGGAAGAUCUGGUGCAAGCUCGUCGGAGACGAGGGCAUGAGAUGGGAUCCGGAGACCGGUAGCUUCGGUGCUACGGAAGAGGAGUGGAGAAACUAUAUCCGGGAGAAUCCGAGAGCAGGACAGUUUCGCCACAAGGAGGUACCUCACGCUGAUAAGCUCUCAAUCAUCUUCAGCGGAGUUAUAGAGCCGGGAGAGACGUACGCUCCUCCCUCUAGGAAGAAGCUCCUCCUCAGGGAUCGUUCCGAGUCGCCGCGGUUUCGAGGAGAUGAAGGGGAUUACGACGAGAAGCCUGCUAAAAGGUUGGUGAGCGACGGUGUGUUGCAGGAGAGUCCUGUGUGCGUUGAGAUGGAAUCUGCAAAGAGGAUGUACUGUAUUGGGGAAUGCAUUGAGAGCCUUAAUGCGAUGGAGGAGGUGGAGGAAGGGAGUGAUCUCUAUAUGUUUGCGUUGGAUCAGUUUCUGAAGAGAGAGUACAGAGAGAUCUUUCUUGAGCUGAAGAAGCCUAGUUUGAAAAUUGCAUGGUUGCAGAGACUUCAAUCUGCAGCGCUUUCUAAUUCUACAACUUGAAGUUAUUUUAAAACCUCGGUUUAGUCUGGUUUACUUACAUCCAUAAGUUCAUUUCAUUUGUUACUUUGAUUGAAUGUAUGGAGAAAAUAGUGGCUUGUGGAAGUAUCAUGUUUGAUGAAUUAAAUAUUUGAUUAUAUGGGCCCUUUGGAAGAUGGA